UUGUUAUAAACUAAACAGUUUAUAAUAAUACGAGUAUUUUAGAGCAAAAUAACUCGUUGUAUGUCCGCUUCAAAAUAAAGCCAGCCAUAUAAAUUUUCUGACGCAAGAUGGCCGUCAGUCAUUUACUUCGUUGAUUCCGUCUUUAGCCACCUAGUCGUAUAUAUGCGAUAUCUAAGAUAGUGUUGUACUGGUUCCUCAGUCGCUACAGCACAUUACAGUGAACCAACAGCUCUUUAGUGAAGCCUCCACAUUAAUUCGGGUUUUUUGAGUGCGAUUGUAACGCCUAUAUAUCGCUGUAUCCGUUUGUUCGUGUACGUAAUUUGCCCAAAAGAAGGCCGCGAGAAAGGCCGAGAAGUCACGACGAGGACUUGUGAGACUUGGACAAACAAUCCCUCCCGUUCGCCCGCCUCAUCUUUGCAUUUCCUCCUCCUUUGCUGCUGCUAUUAUUCUUUUUAUUUGCCGAGAACGAGACAAAGAAGCACCGCCCGAGGAAACAUGAGCUUUCUCUUUGGAAGUCGCUCGUCCAAGACGUUUAAGCCCAAGAAAAACAUCCCAGAGGGCUCGCACCAGUAUGAGCUGUUGAAACAUGCCGAAGCCACGCUGGGAAGCGGAAACCUGCGCAUGGCCGUCAUGUUGCCCGAGGGUGAAGAUCUCAACGAGUGGGUCGCCGUAAACACUGUGGACUUCUUCAACCAGAUCAACAUGCUGUACGGAACCAUCACAGAUUUCUGCACGGAGGAGAGCUGCCCUGUCAUGUCUGCCGGUCCGAAAUACGAGUAUCACUGGGCCGACGGCACCAACAUCAAGAAGCCCAUCAAGUGCUCCGCGCCUAAGUACAUUGAUUACUUGAUGACGUGGGUCCAAGACCAGCUGGACGACGAGACGCUUUUCCCCUCCAAGAUCGGCGUACCAUUUAAGCGCAACUUCAUGUCCGUGGCCAAGACCAUCCUGAAGCGUCUGUUCCGCGUCUACGCUCACAUCUACCACCAGCACUUUGACUCCGUCAUGCAGCUACAGGAGGAGGCCCACCUCAACACGUCCUUCAAACACUUUAUCUUCUUUGUCCAGGAGUUCAACCUGAUCGACCGUAAAGAAUUGGCGCCACUCCAGGAGCUUAUCGAAAAGCUGACCACUAAGGACAGAUAAACGCCAUCGUCCUUUGUUGCCAUCUAGUUUUGCACAGAAAACCCCUCUACUCCCCUGUAUCCCCCCUCGGCUGUACGUAUGCAGUAUAAAACUAUAUUUCCAUUUGGGGAAAUGUUUCUAAAGGAGACCCGGUACACCGGAGCGGGUCUGGAUGGGUUUUAAUUGCACCGGGACUUGUCUUAACGUUACAUACCUGCUAUCUUCGCGUGACAGUCGUCGGGUCGCUACGUACAAAAAAAAAUAGUGCCGUUCCAAGAGCAGAAAGUAUUCCAAUAUUUUUUUAGUUUGCUGCUUUUUCCUCCGCAUCCCAAGUGCCUGACCCGGCAUCCGCAGCGAGAACUAUAGCAAGAUAAAGGCCCCGCAAAUAUUUGAUUUGAUUUGAUUUAAAGAUCCUAGGCCAGUGGUUCUUAAUCUGGGCUGGAUCAAACCCCAGGUGCUCGGCAAAAGUUAACACACAUGGCCCUAUUUUCAUAUGCUCGCUAAAGGCAAAGUGUCGUUUUAGACUACCAUAUUUUCCGCACUAUAAGGCACAUCGGAGUAUAAGGCGCACCUUCAAUGAUUGCCUGGUACACCAGACUCACCGCUGUUCCAGCGAAUGAGUCCGGCGGAUCAAAUUCCCAAAUUCCCAGGGCAAGCCACAGCAAAAAGACAGCGGAGUGGACCAAUCAGCGACGGGCAGACGUGACGUUGGUAAAGCGACAAGAAACUAGCGCGAGCGGCGAAUGGAGAAGUUUAUUCGACAUUGCUUGCACGAGACACUGUUGUCAAUGACUUGUGUCGAUGUGUUUUUGGUCAUUUAAAACUGAAUUUACCGCGGAUUGGAACAUAUUCUCGGCUCUCCCGUUCACCAUCUGUGUUGUUGUGGAGACGAAUUCCGAAACGCAAGAGUGACGUUGCUUGUUAAGAACACGUCACGCAAAUAAUCGAAUCUGAUUGGACGGAUGAUUUUGUUCGCCUCGAGAGGCUAUUAAGGAGCUGGGUCCCAGACUAUUCUCACAGUGUUUGAAAAAUACAGGGAGAAUAGUCUUGCGGUGCCAGGCAUCUUCAAUGACUGGCCUCUUUUAAAACUUUUCAUAUAUAGGGUGCACCAGAUUAUAAGGCGUAGUAGUGAUUGGGGUUGCGUUAUGCAUUCACUAGAUAGAACUGCGCUAAUGGGAAUGUCAUGCCAUGAUUACCGUGUUUUCCACACUUUAAGGUGCACCUAAAAGCCUUCAAUUUAUUUCAAAAGCCGAUAGCGCGCCUUAUAUAUGGAUCAAUAUUUGGUCAAUCAUGGCAUGACAUUCCCUUUAGCGCAGCUUCAUUUAGUGGUUGCAUAAUGCGACCCCAACAACUAGUACUGCGCCUUGUAAUGCUUUGCGCCCUAUGUAUGAAAAGUAGAGGCGUGUGAAAUUUCCGAUUCUUAGAUUGUUCACGAAUCGGCCGUGGAAAAUUCGAGAAUGAUUCACAAACAUCCAAAUUCCGAUUAUUUAAUAAUCCCAGGUAAAGCCGAACUUAAACAGUCAGCGCGGUCUUCGGGAUGCAAUGAGGAACUGACCGAGAGUAAAUAUCAUGUUCAACUCAUGCUGCUAGAUAAAAAAACAAUACCUGACUGCGGCCGAUAGCCGCUACAAACAACGCCCAGUUGCUAGUUGCUAAAAACAUACGGCCGCAUAAUGCUGUGGUAGAUAUCACAUAUAUAUAGAACUGGAUGCGAAAUGACAGACGUGGGCGGCGUUAGAACAUGUAUAGAAACUUGAUGCGAAAUAACAGACUUGCCAGCGUUAGUAAACAGCCGCCAUCUUAAAGUAGUAGACUUCUCUGGAAGGCUCUGUUGUAGCGAACCUAAUUAACUUUUUGUAAAAUACUACUAAAUCGGCAAAAUCUUAACUUGAAUCCAUCUUUAAAUGAUGAAACAGUUUUAAAACUUUCACAUGUCGAAAGUCAGAAGGGAAAUUAUGGAAUAACGGCAGCAAUUUUAACAACUUAAACGGUUGAUUCACAACAUUAAAUUUAUUGAUUGUAGUUUAAAGCUGCUGAUACAGAAUGGGGACUUGAUUAUUUUAUCUACUGUUUUGAUCUGUUAAUUUGAUACUGAAAUAGUAGUAGUUUGUGUAGGAGUAGGUGGGGGCAUCAAUAAUCGAUUUAUAAUCGAAUCGUAGCCUCUGAAUCGUAAUCGAAUCGUUAGGUGCCCAAAGAUUCCCACCACUAAUGAAAACAGCUUUAAAAUUGGCCAUUCACUGAAGGUGCGCCUUAUACUCCGAUGUGCCUUAUGGUGCGGAAUCUACAGUAACCAAUAUUGAUCCCUAUACAGUGGGGAGUUGGCAGUGUAUCAAAUACUUGUUCUCCCCACUGUACAAGGUGCAUCGGAUUGUAAGGCAUACUGUUGGCUUUAUAGAAAAUAAAAGGCCUUUAGGUGGGCCUUAUAAAGCAGAAAAUACGCUACUUUUAUGACUGGUUUGCCCCCAAUUUACAGGCUUUUUUCCUUUCAACUGCUUGGGCAUUACAGAUAAUUUUUUUUUUUUUUAAAUUGCGUGAUUUUAAACAUGAAAUUAGUAUGCGAUGUGACAGUAAAAUAAGAAUGUAGACAUAAAAAGAACAGUGAAAUGAUUUUCAUUUUCCAACAUGAAAAUCAACAGCAAAAAGCAAAAUUGUUUGUAGUAAAUUUGAAAUUUGAAGAAAUUUAAACGGGAACUCUGUUAGAUAUUAGCCUGCUAGCUUAGCUAAAAAAUUGCUCAAAGGGUUUGGUGAAUGCAUGUGUGAAACUUGUGGGGUUUGGUACCUUCUGUGAGGUUACGAGCCACUGUCCUAUGCACAUAUUUGAUAUUGAUAAUAAAAUGUCACCGAACACCAAGAAAUGUUAUGGGCCAGGGGUGUCAAAAGUAUGGACCGCAGGCCUCAAACGGCUCGCAAGGGAAUCCCAAUCCGGCCCGCUGGGUUGUUAUACCCGACAGGCACGUUAUAGCUCAUUCAUACUGUACAAUGAAAUGAUCCAAUAUUUACAGGUAAGUCUCUUAUAAUUACAAAGAAGUGACGCAAAAUUAACUCUUUAACGUCCAAUUCACUUAUACUGGAAGGACUGCAUGUGAAUGCUCAUCCUCCAGUGCUAUUGAUGGCGCUGGACGCCCAAUCCAUUUUGACCCUUCCAAUCAAAAUGGAUUGGCCCUCCAACGCAUUCAAUGGCAUCCAGUGAGUUAACUUAUUUGGCCAAAAAUAAAUUAGCCCACAUGAGAUCUAAUUUCUAUAAAUGUGGCCCAGCAACCAAAAUGAGUUUGACACCCCUGUUACAGAGAGCGAGCCAGCGUGUAUAUGGAUGGAUCAGGCCGAAAGUUGCAACAACAGUUCUCCCGACCCUUUGCCUGAAUGUCGACUUGCGCUUUGUCACGCUAUGGUUUGUUUUUCUUCCUCAAAACUGAAUGUCCGCUCUGCUCACGAGGCAUUAUCCAGAUAUUUUACUUGUUAUUUUGCAUGCACAUCUCGCGCUCUCAAAAGUGUUCUAUGCAAUAAGAAUGAACUGCCGUUGACAGCGAUCUUUUUGACUAUUGAUGGAUGGCCGCCAACCCCUCCUUGUGAAAAUGGUUGGACGUCGAGGGCAGCCAGUGAGUUGAAAAAGAAAAAAAAAAUUACGGUUAUACGUGGUCGUAUUCACGCUGAAUAUAGUUUUUACUUAUUUAGACUUUCAGGUUUUGAAAAGAAUGGCUUCGCUUUAGUUUGGAAUUAGUGUCGAGAGCGCUUUUUUUUGUUUGUUUACCAGAAGAUAUACUAAAACGCACAACAUGUAAAUAACGAGAUCUACGAAGGAGUAUUAGGGAAAGAAGUGGAUACCAAGAGAAAAACAUAGCUGACACUGAAAAUUUGGUCUCCGCAGUACAAUUACACUGGUGACAUUUAGCGGUUUAAUUUUCUUCUAAAUCUGAGCAAAAUCACCUUUUCCUUAUUUAAAGGGACAAUACAGUUUGUCAAUUUUAGAAACUAAAAAAGUAUUUUAAAUUAACUCUGAAUAUCUUAGUCCCUUUAAGACAAUGAUCUAUUUUAAGAUUAGAACUACACAAUAUUUUUAAACAUAUAUUUUCCUCGUUUAAUAUGAGAAUUUUGCAUGUUUUUUUAUUUUUUACGUAGGACCUUUUAUUUCUUUACUGCCAAAUACUCCUUCGUCGUUCGCUUGAGGAUAACUUUCUAUAAGCAUGGAGGUUAUUGUUUGUUUGUCUUUUAAAAAAGAUGCAGCUUUCCAUCCCUAAGUUUGGAUAUUCAUCCCAUUGAUUUCUUAGCUCUUGAAUAUGAAUGUGUUCACUUGUACAAUUUGAAGAAUCUCCCAGCCUGGCUUGUCGCUGCCUCGUUUUCCUCUUCUGUUCUAUUCCUUUGUUAGCUGUAUUCAUUGAGGAAUCGUGUGUACAUAAUAGCUCUGUAUGGAUGUUCAAAUGCUGCUGAAAGGAAUUCUGCUGUUUACGAGGCAAAUAAAGGUGGCGUUGACUCUUUUGAAUUA